AUGCUCACACACAAAACAUUGAGAUUAUUCCAUUGCACUAAGUGUUUCACUCGUCGAAAGAGUGUAUAUACUACGACACUAAAUAAUCCGAGAUUCCAGUUUACCAUACAUUCGAAACCCAUUGAAUCGGUAGCUAUUAAUACUAAGUGGAAUCAAUUUUAUAAUCAUCAACUGAAAAAUGCUGCUCAGCAUAAAUUUAUUCUUCACGAUGGUCCACCUUAUGCCAAUGGUGAGUUGCAUGCUGGGCAUGCACUGAAUAAAGUAUUAAAAGAUGUCCUUCUUCGCCUCAAACUUCUUUCUGGUCACUCGGUUGAGUAUAUUCCUGGUUGGGAUUGUCACGGUUUACCAAUCGAACUCAAGGCCGUAGAAAAUCUAAACAUAUCAUCUCCAGAGGAAACGCGAAUGUUAGCUUCACUACUAGCCGAGAAGUUUGUUAGAACCCAAAAAAAAUCUUUUCAAGAUUGGGGUAUUAUAGGAUCAUGGACUGGAUGCUAUUCUACAAUGGAUAAAUGUUUUGAGGCCGCUGAACUUCAAGCAUUUUCAGACUUACAUUCCAAGGGUUUUAUUUUUCGAGGGUCCCUACCUGUCUAUUGGUCCACAUGUACAAGGUCUGCUAUAGCUGAAUCAGAGCUGGAAUAUAAUCUUGAACAUAAAAGUUGCUCCGUUUAUCUGAAAGUCAUUUUAACGAAAUAUAACAACCAUCUAAGAAAAUAUGUUAGCAAGGAUUUUAAUCUGUAUGCUAUAAUUUGGACCACCAAUCCAUGGACUAUAUUUUCUAACGAAGCUAUAGCAUAUGACUUAAAUGCUACUUACGUCCUUCUACGAUGUCAAGCGUCACGGGAGGUCUAUUUAGUCAGCAAGAAUUUCUCGGAUCACUUGAUAUCUCUCUUACCGGGAGCAGGAUUACACAAAGUUGAUGAACUAAUAGGUAAUGACCUUCAUGGUUGUUUUUAUUACCAUCCAACCCGUGUUUCCUGUGAAGUGCCGUUUUUGCCUAGCUCUCAUGUUUGUGAGUCUGUCGGUACUGGUUUGGUUCAUAUAGCUCCUUGUCAUGGGAAGGAGGACUUCGAAUUGGCAAAAAAAUAUGAUUUACCAUUGAACUUGUUUGUCGAUGAAUCUGGUUGUUUCACUCAGGAAAUCGGUUCCGGAUUGGCAGGUCUCAGCGUGUUGGAUGAAGGAAAUGCUUCAGUAAUGAAAUUACUUGAACCAAUCACUAUACACAAAGAAGUUAUAUCUCACAGCUAUCCUUACGAUUGGCGUACGCAGAAACCUGUUGUUAUCCGACUCUCAAAUCAGUGGUUUGUUGAUACAGAAAAGAUAUCGCAUUUUGCUUUGGAAGAAUAUAAAAAAGUUAAUGUUAUUCCUGCUUCUCAUAAGCAUUCUAUGCUUCCAUUCAUAUCUCGAAGACCAAAUUGGUGUAUAUCACGUCAACGAGCUUGGGGUGUUCCGAUUCCCGUACUUUUCAGAAGAAGUGACAAUUCCCCAAUCGUAGAUUAUGAUUUAAUUGACCAUAUUAGUAGCCGUGUGGCCUCCGAAGGUAGUGAUUUUUGGUUUACCGAAACAUGUGAUCGACUUAUCCCUGAAAUAUUUUGGAAAAAGUGGUCUCUUGCAAGCCACGACGUAUAUAAAAGUACAGAAGUAUUUGAUGUUUGGUUCGAUAGUGGUCUUUCAUGGUUGUGUGUUAUAAAUAGCAGUAAUUAUUCACGCUUACCUUGCUCAAAUCUUGUUGCAGAUACGUAUUUGGAAGGUCAUGAUCAAUUUCGUGGUUGGUUUUCAGCUUCACUUUUACUUAGCAUUGCACUUACUGGACGUGCACCUUUUAAAAAUCUUGUAAUACAUGGUUUUGCUGCAGAUUCGUGUGGUCGUAAAAUGUCGAAAUCUUUAGGAAAUGGUAUUACUCCAAAAGAAAUAAUUUCUAGUCAAAAUGGAUGUGUUGAUAUAAUGCGUCGAUGGGCAUGUUUUUCUGGUUUAGAUCCUAUAUGUCAUUUAGGUUCUAAGGAAAUCAAUCAAAAUGCUGCUAGUUAUAAAUCUCUACGCAACAGUCUACGCUUUAUGACUGGAAAUUUAUACGACUUUUGUCCAGUUACCCAGCUAAAUUAUAAUGAAAAAUCAAAUUAUUCACUGUCUAAAUUAACUUUGGACAUGGCAAACAAUGUUAGUGAAAAUAAUUGCAAUUCUUUUUGUCUUACUGCAUUGGAUAAAGCUGUUCUCUAUUCUCUUUCAACUACUAUUUCAAAUUCAUUGAAUACCUACUAUCCACAAUUUCGAUAUAAUACAAUUCUAGCUGAAAUUGAUCAAUUUUUAUCGUAUUUAUCAUCUGUAUAUAUAACUUCAGUUAAAGACAGAUUAUACUUCAAUAGUCCAGAUGAUCCAUCGCGACGGAAUACACAGACGGUGUUUUGGUUAACUGUUGAAUGUCUAAAAGCUCUUUUAGCACCAAUUUUACCUUAUUUAAUGGAAGAAGUGGAGUCGGUAACUUGGAAUCUUUUGUCAUCUCAAUUAAAUGACUUUAAUCAGUCCACAACUCUUCUGGAACGUUAUUCAUCUUUAUCCUUGCAUAAUUAUUGUUCUGUAGACAAGUCUAGACCGUGUUCAGAUUGGACGUUAUGCUUAUCGGCUAUGAACCGGUGGGAUAAGUUUAAAAAUUAUUCAAAUUACGUAAAUACUGCUUCUUCAUUGUUUCAUUCUUUAACCAAUUCACUGCCAAAAGGUGAUGAACAUGUACCUUCUACUAGUCCCUUGUCAAGUGCUAAUGUACAUAUCACUAUACCAACAAAAAGUCAAGAAGUAUAUCACAUGUUAAAAGCUCUUCAUCCGUUGGAAUCAUGUGUUUCUGUAUCAUCAGAUUUGUGCUAUAUACUUCGGGCAUCUUCAAUUUCGUGGUCAUGUGGUUCAUACGAAGAUAAAGUUACUGACACAGUAGGAUAUUAUAAUUUCAAUUUAAACGAUAUGCAAGUGUCAGUAACAUUUCCUUUGGGAAAUCAGACAGUCAAAUGUCAGCGUUGUAAUAGGCACACGAAUAACAAUUUUAAAGAUAACUUAUGUCCCCGUUGUAUACAGCGGUUGGUUAUUGGAUAAUGCUAGAUAGAAACUAAAUGAUUGAGGCAAGCGGUCAAACAGUAUUAAUCUCCGAAAUUAAGGUCAUUGUGUCAAAUCGGAAGAAGAAUAUGAUAAUGACAUUUACGAACAGUUAAUUUGAAUGUCAAAAUGUCAACUUCAAUGCAAAUGUUUAAUGAAUAAAAGCCAUAAAAAUGUUAUUUUACUCAUAAGUUUGGAUAGUUCUUACAUUUUUUACACUUGGUGAACGAAAACAAACAACCUUGAUGAAAUUUAGUAGAGAAAUCAAUGCCGCAGUUGGUUAGCUGCACUCAGUUCUUCAAAUAAACGAUUUUUAAACAUUUAUUGAGCACUUCUUAUUGC